CAAAAGGCCCAACGCCCAAAAGGCCCGCUCCAGCUGCCGGACAGGGGCCAGGGCAUCACCAGAGCCGCUGUUUGGCUCUCGUUGAAGCCGCCGGGCCCUUGUCUGCUGGCCGGAUAAUCGGCAUGCCGCUGACCGUGGUCGUGGGAUUCUCGAAAAAGGGACCUGCACGAGUAAUUGUCAGUCGCAGUCGGCCGGAGCAAAAGAGGCAGCGGAACCGGCCGGACAGGCGGCUGUGGUUGUUAGGAAAGAAGUUGUUUCAGCGUCUGGAGCACGUGAUGGUUGCGAUAAGGACGAGUUCCUUCCAUGUAUAACGCAGCAUACUACCACCACCAUCUCGACGGAAAAUAAAUGCCGUGGCGCUGUAUCCAAGCCGACAGCCGGGUCCGUCACACGCAUCGCAUCGCAUCGCAUCGCCAAGAACCAGCUGCCAAACAGCUUUGGAUGCCGGCAGUCAAGCAACAAUGACACUGGCAGGUCUUGGCCUACAUGAUAGAGCAGGACUCGCACAAGGCACAGGCUCAGCAAUGGCACUCCAGCGUCGCACGCUCACAGCGUUUACAGCCCGUCCAGCCAAUCUGCGUCCGUGUUGGCGCCCUCCCUCGUGUCUUUUUUUCUCCCUCCUCCCCUGGUCCUUGACCCCUGUCCGUGGCCAGGAAUCGACGCCACUCGGAGACCAUGACGGCUCUGGAAGGUGGCUCACG